AUGCAAAAGGAAAUCAUUAAAGUCCUUCAUGUCCACACGCAUGCGUGUAAUGUCCCCUCAUUGAGAUGUCUUUCGAUGAUAGAAGAUUCAUCCAUUUUGCCUCUGCUUUCCCUCUUUACAUUCAAAUCUUAUAAAUUCUUUCCUUCUUUCUUUCUUUCUUUCUUUCUUUCUUUCUUUCUUUCAUUCUUUCUUUCCUUUACUUUCACCAUAAAUUCUUUCUUUCUUUCUUAUUACUUUAAUCUCCUUUUUCUUUCUUUCUUUCUUUCUUUCUUUCUUUCUUUCUUUCUUUCUUUCUUUCUUUCUUUCCUCAUUCUUUCUUUCUUUCUUUCUUUCUUUCUUUCUUUCUUUCUUUCUUUCUUUCUUUCUUUCUUUCUGUUACUUUUCAUCCUUCUUUUUUACCUUUUUUUUUCUUUAAAUUUUUUUCUUUCUUUUUCUUUGUUUCUUUGUUUCUUUGUUUUUUCUUUCGUUCUUUCUUUCUUUCUUUUUCUUUCUUUCUUUCUUUCUUUCUUUCUUUCUUUCUUUCUUUCUUUCUUUCUUAACCGUCCCUUUUUUAUUUCUGUUUUCUAG